AUGGAAAAUGGAGGACGAAGCUCAAACCAACCCGAGAAAAACACCACAAGGGCGACCACAUCUGGCAUAGUCAUCCGAGAGGGCGGCGGCGCACCCGCAGCCCCCAACGCCGCCGCCGCUGACGUAAAUAAUCCGGCGGAGCCAGCGAGGCGAGUGACCAACCACUACGCUCCGUUAGCCAACAUCACGCGCAUCAUGCGGCGGGGCCUUCCGCCCAACGCGAAAAUCGGGGAGGAGUCGAAGGAGAUUAUGCAGGAUUGCGUCACUGAAUUCAUCAGCUUCAUCACCGAUGAAGCAAACGAGCGGUGCCAGGGGGAGUACCGGAAAAUGAUCACGGCGGACGACUUGCUCGCCGCCAUGGCGGCACUCGGGUUCGACAACUACGUGGGUCCCUUGACCCUAUAUCUGAACAAAUACCGAGCCGCCGCCCAAGAACUGGAGCGUGGCGGCCCCUCCACGAGCCACCAGGCUCGUGCGGUUGAAAACGCUCAUCCGCCGUCCCCACCGCCACCAGUCGCUGCAGCUGCCGAGGUCGCGGUGGACAGCGACGAAUAUAUCGGGCUGACGGAAUUUCUGAAUGAAUGCAUAUUCGGAAGCCGUCAGAAUCAGGGUGGUGGUGGUGGAGAAGGCUCCUCCAGUGGCGUGUAG